AUGGCACCCAAAGUCGACCCUCAGAACCUCAGAGAGACAUUCGGGCGCUUUCGAGUUCUGAUCCUGGGCCGAGCCAAUGCAGGCAAAACAACCAUCCUGCAGAAGGUCUGCAAUACCGCAGAAAAUCCAGAGAUUUACAAUGCCAAAGGAGACAAGGUGUGGGAUAUUAUGCAUGCGCUGAUGGGUGCUCAGCGUGGAAAUCACGAUAUUAGGAACGAGAUGGUGUUCAAGAGCAAUCCCGGGUUUGUCUUUCACGACUCGUGCGGUUUCGAAGCGGGCUCUGCAGAAGAAUUCGAGGAUAUGAAGAGAUUUAUCUCAGAACGCGCAAACGCGACGAAAUUAGAGGAACGAAUACAUGCUAUCUGGCAAGUGGCUCCCUCCCGUGUUUGGCGCUCGUACUGUAUUCCAAUGGACGACCAUUGUCGAACAAUCCAACGGGCAGAAGAGAAGUUCUUCUCUGAAUGCAACACUGGUAAUGUUCCCGUAAUCGUGAUAUUCACGAAGUUCGAGGCCUUGCGUCCAGUGGCGUUCGGAGAAAUCAAGAAGGACCUAGGCGGGCUUUCAAAAGAAGAGCGAUCGAAGAGGAUUGCCGAACGUGUUCAAGAAUUGUUCAAGAAUACCCGUGUCUGGGAUCGAUUGUGCGAAUUGUGCGAUACCGAAAACCAUGCCCGUCCCAAGUCCUACAUAUGCUUGGAGAAUAUGAACCGGGCGGAUACAAAUUGUAACACGUUACUGGAAUGCACAGCAUUUGCAUUGGACAGUGAAGAAUUGAAGUUGUGCUUCGUGUCGACGCAACAGUCCAACAUGGAACUUUGUAUCAAGUAUGCUGUUGAGUGA